AUGGCCUCAGUCUCGUUUCAGCAUACACAGCUGUUGGUUGAAUGCAGCCACUCAGAAGAAAACCUUUAUUUUGAAACAACACAAAAACUAUGUGUCUCAUUACGUUUGCAAUAUUAUUAUUUUUACAACAACAAUUCAGCGCCGAUGCUGCGCCCAUGGAAAAUACAAUAGUCGCGGCGAAAGAUGAUUUGAAUACAGAAUGGGCCAAGCAGAUUUCUCGCCAAGCUAAGGCCGCAGAAAUUCAUGUAAUGCUCAACACAAAAGUAAAUCCAUGUGUAGACUUUUAUCAAUACGCUUGCGGCAACUGGCACCGCCACAACCCCGCCCAGCUGCUCAAUCACAUAAUGACCGAUCGCUUCCAAUUGAUCGCAGCUGCUUUCGAUCGCCGCCUCGAGCAGAUACUCAAUGAACCGCGCGAUGACAAUGUGCUGGAGGCAAAGGUGAAGAAUUUCUACCACGCCUGUGAGUUGGUGAAGAAGGAUGAUGUGCGUUAUAGAGUGUCACUUCAACAUGCUUACCAAGAGUUUGGCAAGUUACCGCUGCUGGAUGGGGAGGAUUGGAAGGAGGAGGAGUUCAAUUGGUGGGAAACUGUGGCGAACAUACAGCACAAAUAUGGCAAGCAAAUCAUACUCGCUGUGGACAUAAUGGCAGAUAUAGCCAAUAAUACAGGGAAUAAAGUUUAUAUUGGGCCACCGGAUUUCUCGAUUAGCAGUAAUACGAAAAUUUUCAGCGUGCUGCAGGAAUUAACCACAGUGGAGCAUAUGAAGCGUUUCUUUGGCGUGGAAGAAGCAAAAGCAAAGGCAGUAGCCAAGGAAAUGAUUAAGUUCGAGCGUGCCCUGGUACAUGGUGGCUCUGACUCGCGUGCAGGGCUCACGCUGCACGAUUUGCUGGCACUUAAACCCGUCGAGAAGCUGCGGGAAAUCUACAAUGAAAGCUUGGACUUGCAGAGGUUUUUGGAAUUGGCGCUGGGUGUUGAUCAAGUGCCAGAUAGCGUUUACGUUUAUGAUGAAAAAUACUUCGUCAGCAUAAUUCAAGUCAUAGCGGAGACUCCAAAACAUGUGAUUGCGAAUUAUAUUAUUUGGCAAAUGCUGCAAGAGUACCUAGUCGAUUUGGAGAAGGGAAACGUCGGCAAGUGGUGCAUAGAGCGCACCAAGAAAUAUUUUGGAAAGUAUGUGGAUUACAUGGUAUAUCAACGCUAUAAGGAUCCGCGUGUGGAGAGGGAGGUUUUGGAUGUGUGGGAAGAGGUGCGUGAGACUUUCCGCACAGAGCUGCAUGGCAAUAAACUCGAUUGGAUUGCGAAUUCAACACGCGAGUAUGCGCUCGAAAAGUUGGAUGCCAUGCGUUUGUAUAUCAACUCCUAUGAGUCGGAGAAUUUCACCGCUGAAUAUGCAAGCCUACAAGUCACACGCAACAACUACGUCGAGAAUGUGCAGCAAAUAUUGCAAAUGGAGAGUGGUAAGAAAUUACAGCGUCUGCGUGGCCCUGUCAUGCCGCUGGAAGCGCCGGAAGUGCUUUCGUUUACACCCGCCUACAAUAUACUUGAGAAUAGCAUUAAAAUUCCCGUUGCACUGCUACAGCCACGCCACUUCUGGGGCCCGCAAUACCCACAAGCACUCAAGUACGCCACACUCGGCUAUUUGAUUGCGCACGAAAUGGUGCAUGGCUUCGAUGACGACGGCCGCAACUAUGACAAGGCAGGCAACUUGCACGGCUGGUGGGAUGAGAAGUCCACAUAUCAAUUCGAGGAGCGACGCAAAUGCUUUCAGGCGCAGUACCACAACUAUCGGUAUGGCGGAGAGCAGCUACCCAACGAUGUGUCACAAGCAGAGAAUAUCGCCGAUAAUGCAGGUGUAAAAUUGGCUUAUGAAGCUUACCAACGUUGGCUGAGUGCACAGCGUGCCGCCAAUGCAACAGACAUUGAAAGUCGUGAAACAUUUGCACAGUUGCACUUCGACAAUCAACAAUUAUUCUUUAUCGGCUUUGCGCAGCUAUGGUGCGACGAUGUACAGUCCUUUUUCCGUACAGCCGUGGCAGCUUCCGAUUCGUAUGUACCCAGCAUUUAUCGCGUAAUAGGAGCGCUUUCGAAUUUCCAAGAAUUCUCGUGGGUAUUCAGGUGUAGUCAGGAUGCGCCCAUGGAUCCGGAAUUCAAGUGUGCCAUCUAUUAAAGGCAAAAUGACAAAGGGAGAGCAAAGCGUAGGGCAGCAGAGAAAUAUUGAUUGUAAAUAAAGCUGAAAAUUUCUAUAAAUAAAUCGGUGUUCAAAGUUUACGCUCAGCACAUAAACACAUAUAUAUGUAUGUAUAUGGGGCGUUCCAUACCAAAACGGACGGGGUUCACAUUUCACCUGUUUGAUUUAUCUCAAACUUUUAGGGUUGAU